AUGCCAAUAGAGAUGCCAAGGGGGUUGCCAUUCUCGGUGGAUACGUGGUCCCCUUCUUCCAAGCGGAAGAGCCACCAUUUCCUCACACACGCUCACAAAGACCACGCCCAGGGAAUCGUCGCCCACGCUUCUUACCCUAUCUACUCCUCUCUUCUCACCAAGACUCUCAUCCUGCAAUACUACCCUCAGCUUGAUGAAUCGAUGUUUGUUGGAAUUGAGGUUCGGCAGUCGAUGAUUCUUGAUGAUCCGUAUGGCGAUUUUGUCGUCACUGCUUUUGAUGCGAAUCAUUGUCCAGGAGCUCUGAUGUUCCUCUUUGAAGGAAAUUUCGGUAACAUUUUGCACACAGGAGAUUGCAGAUUAGUGCCUGAGUGUUUGCUAAGUCUACCAGACAAGUUCAUUGGCAAGGAAGGAAAACAACCUAGAUGUCCGCUUGAUUACAUCUUUUUAGAUUGUACGUUUGGUCAAUGUGCUCUGACAUUGCCUAGCAGGCACACGGCUAUCCAGCAGAUUAUCAAUUGCAUAUGGAAACACCCUCAGGCCAGCACAGUGUAUCUGGCAUGUGAUCUCCUAGGUCAGGAAGAUAUACUACUACAGGUUUCUCAAACUUUUGGUGAGAAGAUAUAUGUCGAUAAAACCAAGAAUCCAGAAUGCUUCAAAUCUCUCGAACUUAUUGUUCCUGAGGUCAUGUCACAUGACCCAGCUUCUCGUUUUCAGCUAUUUGAUGGAUUCCCAAAGCUAUAUGAAAGAGCUGAAGCAAGGAUAGCUGAGGCUCGUGCCAAUUUUCAACAUGAGCCCCUUAUUAUACGCCCUUCAUCACAGUGGUAUGCUAGUGAUGCUGGCACUUCUGAGUUGGAAAAGCGAAGAAAAGAAAGGCAAGAUCAAGCUGUUAGAGAUCUUUGUGGUGUUUGGCAUGUUUGUUAUUCAAUACACUCAUCCAGAGAAGAACUAGAGUGGGCAUUGCAACUUCUUGCUCCUAAAUGGGUGGUGUCAACAACACCCAACUGCAGGGCUAUGGAGCUAAAUUAUGUUAAGAAACACUGUUUCAACAAUCAACUUUCUUUUAAUAGAUCUCUCCAGAAACUUAUGGACAUAAGUGCAGUAACAUCUAUAGGUUCAGAUGAAUCAGUAGAAAAUUUGGGCGGUUCUCAGGAGGACAAUAUUUCUAUUAACUGUGUCGAGGUCCAACCUGAACCAGUUAUCACAUCCACACACCGAAAAAAGCGGUUGAGUUUAUCUCCUCCAAGCAAACGGCCCUCAUUGACGUUAUUUGGAAGAGCCAGGGCUGGUCUUCACGAUUCUGCUUUCCAGAACGAACAGAAAGUACUGGCAGUUAGUGAUUACCCAGAGACAACAUCAACUGGAAAUGAAGAUGUUUGUAACCAGAAUGAUGUCGCUGACGUCGAAUUCGGUGAUUUACUGAAACUAAAGAGAAAGGGUGAUGUUGCAGAAAUAAAUUGCAUUUCUACAGACCUAAAUCCAGGGGGACUCAAAAAUGAUGUUGUUUUACCAACUGGUUCUUCGAGUACAUAUAAUGAAAAUUUUAGAAGGGUUUACAGGUCUAUGAAUGUUCCAGUACCUCAGCGCCUUCCUUCCCUUACUGAUUUUAUGGAUGCCAGAAGUUAUCCAAAGAAAAUGCGUGAAUAA